GCUGGCGCGAUGACGUAACGUCCGCAACAUCGCCCUCCGGCUCCUCGUGCCUCGGGAGCAUGUGACCAGUCCCUGUGCUUUCCCCAGGCGCGUGCCCGGCGUCGUUACGAGCCGGUUUGCCCCAGUACCUCCUAGGAACGUCCCGGGGCUGUGACUGGAAACCGGUUUCCGUCGGUAUGGGUGGGAGGAGGACGUGGCUGUGGAACAUACCCGCCUAGCUGCGUCUUAGAAGAAAGAAAAGCACCAUGGAAAAACGAUCCCUCCCUUCCUCCACUACCCCCACCCCUGCUGGCCGAGGCGCGAAGGCCCCGGCAAUGCCGACGCAGGCGCCCGGGACCCCUGCGGCCCAGGCGAAGAGAGAGCGGAGGCCUAGCAUGUUUGAAAAGGAGGCAUAUGCACAAAUCUUACGGGAAAGACUCAGAGAAUCGAUACAUGAUGUUCUAUAUGUUGAACCUCCAUUUGAUGAAUCAAUUGCUGAUAUAGGUAAAGAUCAAUGGAAGACCAUGGGAAAAGUAAAAUAUGCUAACACAUAUAGAAUGGCACCAUACAGGAAAUUCCAAGCUCAGACAGUACAAAGGAAAGUUCAACAGAUACUAACGGACAAACUUAAAAAUCUCAAGUAUGAUGAAAGCACAUUUUCUUCCUUGUCACUUGAACUGGCAGAUCGUAUAUUAGCUGCUGUCAAAGAAUUUGCUUUCUCUCGAUAUAAAUACAUUAUAAAAAUAAUACUUAUUCAAAAAACUGGUCAGUCAAUAAAUAUUUCUAGCAGAUGGAUCUGGGAUGUUGCUUGGGACACCUGGCUAGAAGCUAAACACGAAGCUGAAUCAUAUGUUGCAUUGGCCCUAGUAUAUGCACUUUAUUGUGAAUAGCUUAUCAUAUCUACUAUUUUUUAUCACAUUUAUUGAUAAAUAAAUACAUGAGUUACAU